UUUCCUCAAGUAGAUACAGAUUACAGUAUAACAUUCCUUCAUCUUGUGGCAUCAUUUUUACCUAGUUGUGUGAAUUCGGGAACUAAAUAUUUUAAAAAAUGAAUUCUACUCAUUUACCUUUUAGUGGAUUUUUAGAAAGAGACUUCAUCAAAGAAAUUAAAACGGUGUGCUUCUCAGGUCUCAAGAUAUUAAUCCUUACAAAGUCAGAUGAAGUUUACGGACGGUUGACGAAAUCUCAAAGCUGCUAUGAUGUUUUUGAACUAUGCCCGAUUCUCGAAUUGCACCGCAAGAAAGUAAAAAGUACGAACAUUUCGUAGGAGAAUUCUUUCUGGGUGAUGAAUUCUUUAUGGCUUUAACGGAAAAAGGCGAAGUGUUCGGCUGGAGUAUUGUUUUUUCUGUGCCUACUUUAAUUCCUUCACUAUCCCAAGUAGAAGUAAUUGAUGUCGCUUGUGGACCCAAUCACGCCAUAGUAUUGUGCAGCAAUCAUCAGGUGUAUUCGUGGCGAGAUUGUUCCAAUUUCCCCAAUCACACUCCAGAACUAGUGGCGAGAAAUGGAACAGGGAUCACAUGUACUGCAUCUGCAUCGUUUUACUUGACAGAAGAUGGAGAAGUGUAUGGACAAGGUACACUUUUCUACUGGUUCGAUGUUAUCAGCGAAAUGAAUAUCUCAUGUAUCGGGGACGGAAACAACGAAAGAUUUCUAUUCGUGCCUGGAUACAGAAAAAUCGUCUGUUUGAAUAACAUCAAGAAAAUAAUUGGUGGAAAACAUCACGUUAUGGCUCUUGAUAACGAUGGCACCGUGUUCGUUUGGGGAAAUAACGAAUGCGGCCAGUUAGCAGAUCAAAAGCCCUAUCAAAUGUCUCCUGUAAAGUUUUCAAGCAUUAAUGAAAAGAUUACAGAUAUAGCUGCCAAUUCGUACAGUGAUAUAUCUGCAGCUAUGACCGUAUGUUCAAGAAUUUAUGCGUGGGGUGGAUUACAAGGAGAAUCGUUCUUCAAUCCAAUUUUGACGUCAUUCACGUCAUUUGACGAAGUUUUCACAAAUCUUUCAUGUCCAAGUUUGUCAUAUGGCUCAGUAACUAAUGAAAAGUCAGAUCGAAUCACAUCUAUUCCAUCAACUCGUACUCUCGAAUCAAUUUUCGAUUCACAGGUUGAUAGCGAUUUGACGAUUGUUAUUGAAGAGAAGGAAAUUUUUGCCCAUAAAGUAAUUCUGAAAGCGAAGUCUAAACAUUUUCAUGAAAUGUUCACAAACCAGUGGAAAGGAAACGAUAAAAGAGUAUUGAAAAUAAGAGGAUACAGUUAUGAUUCCUUCAGAGACUUUUUGCUGUACUUGUACAGCGGAGUAAUAAAUAUAACCGCAGAAAAUAUUUUCGAAUUGAUGAAUAUAGCUGUCAGAUAUUCCGACGAGACCUUAGUAGAAUUAAUCGAGAAAAAUAUUGAAAAUGGUUCGAUUUCCGGAGAAGAAAUAAAGGUGCUCAGAGAAAUCAUGAAAUUAUCAUCAUCGGACUACGAGAAAUUCUGCGAUGGGAUGAAAAAAAUGAUAUUUUCUCCAACUUCGGAACAUUUAGAACUAGAUUAGAUAAGAGUGAGUACACCAUGCAAUUUUCCAUCGAGAAGGAGAAACAAAGUUUGAAGAGGAUACAAAAUUACUAACAAGAAAAUCCUGCGUUCUUCAACGAAGAAAUGAUGCAAGGCGGUGGGUGAAAUAAAUAAUUGAUUCAAAGUUUA